UGUCACAUUUCACUCUUGGGCUGAGUGGCGGCUUCUCACAGCCGCUCAGUCCACCGUUUGAGGUCUGGAGCUCACACUUGGACCAUGUCAUGCCGGCUGUAGCAGCAUGUGGAAGGCAGCUUUUGUCGCGUACCAUCUCUUGGUACUUGGUCAGAGGCUCUGGGCUCAGGAUGAUGUCGCAGCCAUCAAUCCUCAGGACUGCAGUCUGGACUGUAUACGACAGGGAGGACCUGGAUGUGAUUACUGCAGAAUAACAAGAGCUGAUGUCAAGAGGGCUUUAGGUUUUAACUCCAUCCAAGCAUUUGGAAGCUGUAUUCCAUGGCCAUGUUUUGAGCUGCUCGGUGAAAAAGAUCCUGAAAUCUGUCAGCACUACGUCCAAGCUCCAAAUGACGUGAAGGUCGAGUUUGUACAUGAGCCAAACCCCAAAUCUGACACCAUCGUUGUCUCCUGGAAGCCCAGUUUCUAUGGGAUCGCCUUCCUGCGGGGCUUUCAGGUGUCCCUCCAGGCUUUGGGAGGGUCUAGUGUCGCCUGUCAGCUCUUUCUCUUCCACCGUAACCUGUCCCUCCCGGCAUCGCACGCUCAAAGGGUGUACAAGUCAGACCCUUUCCCCAACCUCUCCCUUGGGUCCCAGUAUGCAGUUACAGUCAUGGCCCUGCCGGUGCCUGAGGAGUGGGAGAGGUUCUACCACAGCGAGAUCUUCUCCACACGCUCAUGUGCAGAGAAGAACGGCCUCGAGCAGUGCAAGAAAGACUGGUACCCCACACAUAUUGAGGUGCAGCAGGAAGGGGCCGCCGUCACUGUGACCUUUAACCUGGCUCCUCCAAACCUGGGCAUCAGAAGCUACUUCUCACUGUGCUACACAAAUGGCAUGAAGACAUACACAGACAUAGUACCUGAUUCCUCCACAAACCAGACUCACCACAGCUAUCAGCUGAGUGACCUUCAGGAAGGCACCAAUUACACCUGUGAGAUUGCAGCUAACGAAGUGGAUGCAGUGAGGAAAACCUUCACUGUUCAGGUCAUGAGUGUUCAUAAAGGAGGUGCCUCGCCACUGUCUGUCACUCCCUCCUUGGCACUGAUGCUUCCACUGGGCCUGGCUAUGGUAGUCUUUAUUGUAGUCUCACUGGCUGCUCUCGGCAAGAGGAAGCCCAACCUGCAGAUGAAGAAACUUUUCAUGAAUCCAGAGAACAUCUCUUGUACCUCUGACCCGUCUUUGCCAUUAUCGGCACUGUGUGAAGUUCAACAUCAUCAGGAGAGCGGGACUCAGGAGGAAGCGGUGGUAUUGCAGAGAAACGGGCUGACCCCUCCUCGUCUUCUGAUUUGCUACAGCAGCUAUGACGGCCCUGCUCAUGUCAAAGCCGUCAUGCAGUUAGGGGCUUUUAUACAGCAGCACAUGGCCACUCAGGUGUGCCUGGACCUGUGGGACUCUCUGAGUGUGGCUGGGGAGGGAAAUAUGGCCUGGCACUGCCGUCAGAUCCGGGAGAGCGAUUUCAUCUUGGUGAUCUGUUCACGGGGCCUCAGUCACAGACCCGAGCCUCCAGAGCCGGAGGGUGACGAUGAAGACGAGGAGGCAGACGGAGGGCUGGACUUUGGUUCCAACGCCUUCAGCUCUGAUGCAGCCGUCAAACUUAUUGGAGAAGAGGUAGGCCGUGCCAAAGCCAGCGGCCAGGACCUGUCCAAAUACAUGGCGGCCAUUUUUGAGUACUCAGAGGAAUCGGAUAUCCCCGUUGAGCUGAGGCUGGUAUCUCACUACAGGCUGACAAGUGACUUAGUGCUGCUUUUCUCCCACCUUCAUGGAGUGGCUCUGCAUAGGCCGGGAAGUUACCUGAAGAUAAACCACAUUUCAGAAGAAGGCUUUACCAAGUUACCAGCCGGAGCAGCUCUGCAGUGGGCUAUCUAUGAGGCCGGGAUGGAAAUGAGGGCAAAAAGCCAUUGCACUGUGGAAGGAGGGGACUAAACACAAACAAUAGGACUCCAUACGCCCUGACUGAAUGAUUGGUAUCGGACAAAAGGUUGACCUGAAGAUAGAUGGCCAUGAUGGUCACAAACCUGAUGGUUCAAUAUUUGGCCAGAUAGGAGAAGCCAUGAGCUCACAGCUGGAAGGUGACUAGUACAUGUACAAUCCUUGCUGAUGUGCCCUUAAGCCAUCAACCAACUAACCACCUCUUCCUCAGCUGUGCUGCAAUGGCAGCAACUGUGCACUUUGACUAAUGAAAUGUGUUAACACGCUACGUGUGUGUAUGAGAAGGAUCUGUAAAAAGCCAUAUGUUUAAUGGUCAGUAAAGCUAUCUUAGUCUUAUAGAUGGUAGACGUUUUCUGUUUGUUUUUUUGCAGUGUCAUGUAAAAAAACUAUUGUGAAAUGAUAUCGGCAUUGUACAGAAACAAACUUAAAUGAAUCUCAAGCUUGAGUUAUUGAAGUUAUUCUGAAGCAUUGAAGUACACAUUGAGCAUUGUAUACGUUCCAUUUUAGAGUCAUGCUUAUGGGUUAUUUAUACAUGUGCAUAUCGCAUAUUAUACUCAAAUAAGGAUGGAUUAAUUGGUCCUAUCAUUUUUACUUUUAUACUGAUGUGAGGUUACAUAUAUGGGCAACCAUCGAGCAUUUUGUAUUGUGAAACAUGAAUUUACUUUUGUGCAUGUAAUCAUCAAAUAAAAUAAUAUUGGAACAUGUUUUUUUGGCUCC